AUGGGUGCUGAGCCGCCCUUCCUCUACGAACAUCCUUCGAAAUAUUCUUUCUCAGCCCCCACCGAGCGAGGCUUCAAUCCCAAAGCCAUAUCGCAAGCGAGCCUGUCUCUACCAACACCAAGAUCGAAACCGGAUGGCCUUUUGAUUAAUUCCAAGGAAUUUAAUCGACAUCCGGAUUCGUACUUUGUCGCUCCGUAUGGAAACCUGGACUGGAAACCAAUGAGUCCGCGUACAAAGUCGAGAGUCAAAUCUACACGAAUCACUCAGCUAGUCCUUCGAAAUUGCCAGUUGAUUGGAGCAGUUGGCAUGCUAUUUUGUGUCAUAUGUAUCAAAGGGACCGACGCGACCACAGGAUGGAUUAUACGGGUGCCCCCCGGAGUUGCAAUAUUGCACACCGUCUAUGGUACAUAUCAUCUUUCGCGCUCUGCCAGGGGACGCACACCAUCAUCUUCGGCCAGUUAUAUGUUAUUUGCAGCCAUGAUUGACGCCGGAUUGACCCCGUUCCUUGUAUUUACGGCCUUGAUUUCUCACACCCAGUCUAUCGAGCCUGUCAAUGCCCCAGGUCAUUGGUCCACUCUGUUCGCUAGCGACCAGGCUACUACCAGUAUCGUGUUCGCCACCUUUGUUACCAGCGUGGUUACCGGGACGUUUCACCUGGUAUCUUUAGCGAUAUCGAUCUAUCUUGGGGUCAUCUUCCGCAAGGUCUCAAGACUUCCUCCGGAUAUGAACCCUUUAGAGGACAAUCUAACGUCUCGGCACAAGCGCAAUAAGUCAUCUCUUCUCGAUAACCGUACGAGCCAAAUCUCCAUAUCAACAGACAAAAUCCGAGGACUCAGGGCUGAAGAUCCUCUGAUGGCCUCCCCGACCGUCCCAUUCAUGCACACCCGCAAUGACUCCUACUCAAACAUUACAGACGUCUCCCAUCCUAACGCGAGCGCCAGAGCUUCUCGUACUAACCUUUCAACUCCGUUUAACGGUCAGCCACCGGCUCAUCGUUCCCCUCAUACCAAGAUUAGAGGCCCCUUCUAUGACCUACCGCUCUCUCAGCGCUCCUCGUGGACCAAGAUCCAGAGCCAAAAUAAUGACCAAUUGCGCUCUUCUCGUACCGACUCCCAUAUCAACACUACUGAUGCUCCCCAUCUCAACACCAAUGACAGUGUCUCUUUGACUGACCUCGCAACUCCUUUCUACGACCAACCGCCUGCUCAUCGUUCCUCUCGUACUGAGAUUCAAGGCCCUUUCUAUGAUCAACACUCCCCAUCCCACCAGUCGUCUCGUACCAUGUUCCCUGUCCUAUCUCACGGCGAAAGCCUGGCGAAACAAACCGAUCAACCAACAGUAAUCUGUUCUCCCGCCAAGUCUUCUUCGCUUUAUUCCAACUCUUCCAACCCCGCGAGCCAUACCAACCAACCAAAUAUAAUUCGUUCUCCUACUAAAUCUUCAUCAAUCUACUCCAACAGCACCAUCACCACAAUAGCAACAAGUCGACCUGGAUCAACACGUCCGCGGUCCACAGUCCCAUCACUUCCCGACAGCAAUUGGAUUACGCACCCUUCUCCCUCCUCUUCUCCAUCCCCAUCGCCCCCAAGAGAACUCAAGCACCUUCUCAACAAACCGUCCUACCAGCCACUUUCCCAGAUUUCGCCCUUUGAUUACAAGACCAACGAGAACUUUCGCCCUCUGCAAAUGAACCCACCAACCCCACCGCUCGAUCAGCAGAAGCGAAGGGGAGCAGCCGGGGUAGAGAAGGGGCCAUUGAGGCCGGGAACCGGAAAUCCUGGCCAAGGAGGGGGCUGGGCCCCUGGGAUGGUUGGGAUCGGCAAGGCCAAAGCGUGGGGAGGCAUGGGGAGGUCUGGGCCUGCAGGAAUGGGUGGCGGAGGUAGGGUUGUUAGUAGGAGCGGAGUGGAGGUCAAGGAGAGAGGAAUUUUCCCAAGUGGAGGCAUCAGAGCACGAGAAGUUAGCGGAAAAGUGAUGGAGGAGGGAAGGACAGGGACCGGAGGAUGGAUGUGA